AUGACAAGAGUAAAGAAAAACAUUCCACACCGCGGUUCCGGUAGGAAUCUUCUUAAUUAUCAAAAGGUUAGAAUCAAAAGACCAACUUCAUCGGCUUUUUCACUUCAAACGUCAACCAAAAAACAAAAACAACAAGAUAAUGAAACUCUUUCUUCAUCAGAAUCCGAAUCAAUAUCGUCCAUUUCAGAAGCAAUCCUAACAGACCAAUAA